AAGCUUGCAUGACAUUACAAGUAUUUUACUAACAAAGCUUUGGCACUCGAUCCGUUCGCUUUGUUACUGGUUUCUACACCUUUACCUUUGGUUUGACCCUCUCCUGGUGAUUCUUACACUACACAUGGCAGAUCAGGGCGAGGCAGGUCAAGAAGUGACCACGCGAAAGUGUAGCUGCGGUUGUUGUGAUCCUCUGUGGAUUGUGACAACGAAGGAAGGAUGGCUAAAACUUGUCGAAGCCAUCUUGACUUUCUUGACGUUUGUCAUUGUUUCUAGUUUUCCCGGUAGCUUCAGAGCUGAAUACGAGUUUUUGAUUUUUGUUGCUACCACCGCCUGGAUCUUUGUGAUGCUGCACAUCCUCCUAAGAAUUACUCAUAUCUUUGAGAAGCUCCCGCCUGUUCUCACGCAGCCUCUCCUUGGAAUGAUCGCUUGUUUCUUCGCUGCUUUGGCCUUGGUCAUCGGUUCUGGCGUUGUCUACGCCAAAGGGAAAGAUUACAACAUCGGUGAAUUAAAAGCUUCAGGGAUCUGCGGUUUCCUUUCUGCAUUGCUCUUCUUUUGCGAGGGUGUUUAUUUCGUCUUUCGUUACCGCCGAGCGCCAAAACAUCGUGCACAAGAGAAACCAAUUGAAGAUAUUGAGGCUGACGAUUUUGUACAGCCCUCCAAGCCAGCCUACUGAGCUGAUUCACGCGAAGUUAUACAGGUCUGUAGAAAUUAUACGCAUCUGUAAAUGUGUAUAUAUUAAAAAAUUUUGUAAAAGUUAAAGCACUGUUCAUAUUUCCAUAGGUUUUGGUUAUGGGUAGCAUUGAUAUACAGCGAUUUAAUUGGGUUUAAAAUUUUUGAAGUAGGUAAUCGCGUUUUUCAAAAUAGUAAAAUCUGGGUUAAGAUGAAAUUUUUUGGGGCCCUCUUUUGAAGAGGGUCGUAGAAAAAAUGUAUUUAUUGAAUAUUUUACAUUGAAGGCGAGGGGCAUGAAUGAUUUAGUAAGCAGUAAUCAUUCACAGAGUUUUUCUGUGUAACUCUCAAUUAGAUUGGUUUGGAAUGGAAUUUUAAAUCUGCUGCCAAUCAUGUGUUAGAUGCUUAGCUUCAAAACUUCUAUUUCAUGGCAGGUCACUGCUUUAUUCCAAGCUGAAAAAAAUAAUUGAUACACUGCUGCAUUGAUGGAUACAUUUAGUAAAACUGUAAAGGAAAAAGAACUCAUUCUAAUUUGUUUGAGGGACAAAACAUUCAAGUAAAAAAUCUUAAAGCAUGCUUCCGGGAAAUCUUUGGAAUUCUUGUAAAUAUAGCUGUGGAUAUCUUUUUGGUUUGUUGGACAUGAUCAGGCUUACAAAGGAAAAUCUUGGUCCUUUUAAGGUAAAAAUGUCUCAACAUUGACUCAGAUAAAUUUGGCAGGUAUACAUUGCACUAGUUAAUUAAUUAAGUAAGUAACUUUAUUUCAAUUGGGGUUGCUAAUAUGCAUAGAAAAGAAUGAGGAAAUAACAAACAACAAAAAAAUAGUUCAAUUGUUUGUUCAGUUAUUUGGGUUUUGGGCACAACACGUGUGACUUGUCUUUUGGGGCCAGAGUUCAAGUCCUUUGCUACUUUGAUCACCUUUUUCUGUAUCCUUGUAAAGUUGUCUCCAGAGGGGGUAGCUACUUCCCAUACAUUCUCUUAAAUGAAAUCGAAAUGAUGUUCUAACAACUUGCAAAGCAGUCUCACUGGGAAUUGUCAGGGGAUAGCUCCAUUGCAGACAAGCCCUAAAUAGUAUCAGGGAAAAACAUAGCGGCUAACUGAGGAAGUAGUUAAGUUGCCUGGCAGGUAAUUUUUUUAAGGAUCCGAAGAUGCUUUUUGUUUCGUAACAAACAUCAGGCUUGGAUCAAUACUUGAAAAGGUUAAUACUUUUGGUUAGGUUGAUUUAUGCUGUGAGAGUUUAGGUAGGUCUUUGCAUUGUAACACUUGCAAAACUUAGACUCAGGGCGUGAAAUUGCGCCUAAUACAGGCGCCAAUGCGACUACAUUUUUCACUUUGGCGACCAAAUCCUGAAAGUUAGUCGCCAAAUUGGCGACUAUAACGUUUCAUCAUAACCUUACUAAGAGAUAUAGUGAAUUAAAUAAAUUUGCAAAGAUAAACCCGCGGCAAACUUCCUCGUUAAGUUUGUUUCCAAAACGUAUCACAUGCAUCUCGAUCGAUAACUAGACGCCAUCUUGGAUUUAGAUGAACCUGAAUGUUAUAUAUCAUACAUCCUAGUGUCCACUUUGUAGCACGUUAAAGAUAUUUUCCCUAACUUAAUUUUGGAGGGUCUAUCUAGAACGCUGACAGCGUAAAGAAAGAUUUUGUUUGUCUUUGAAAAUGGCGACCAACUUUUUUUUAAUUGGCUACCACUUUGAAGAAUUUAGGAGCCAAGUGGCUAUCAGAAAAAAAGUUAAUUUCAUGCCCUGUUAGUUAGUAAAAAAAGGAUUUUCUUUGUCGUUCUUUAUGCAGAAACAGAGUACCUUACUCAAAUGUUUUUAUUUUUCAGAAUAAUGAUUAUAAUUGUAAAGUGCUUUGAGCUCAAAGAAAGGGCACUAUAUAAAUCAUAACAAAACUUUAUUUAAUACUCAUAAAAAAGACCUAUGUACAGUGCUUCAUUUAAAAAGAAUUAAAUUUGUACCUUAACAUCUGUUAGAAAGAAAAGAAAAAAUCAUAAUGUCUCAAUAUCUCUUGAACUAUAAUCCACGAAAAUGUUUCUCUACUAAUUAUUAUUACUAUUACUAUUAGCAAUCACUACCAAUAUUUAACAUCUUUUCACUAAUUCCUCUUUAAAAUCUGCCAACAACGAUAAAAACAUUAAAUAGUAGUAAUAAAUAAAAUGCAAUAUUCAAUAUCUUUUCUCUAAAUAAAAAUCUAGCGUCCUAAAAGUCCUGCUAAAAAAAAAAAAAUAAUAAUAAUGAAAUAAAAAGAUAUAUAUGAAGUAAGGAAACACAUCAAUAGUCCGAUUUAAUGGCUCCCUCCUCCCUAUAUAAAUCAUUGUAUUAUUAUUAUUAUUAUUAUUAUUAUUACCUUUUUGAAAUAAUGUCAGUGAAAUGCUUUGCUGACGGGAGAGUAAAAUUGGCAAAACUUAAGUUUUGCUGAUCUUGUUACUCCAAAAUUUCCAUGUAGAUGCAUUUACAAGAUGUGCUCAAAACAUUCUGUGGGUACUUUUUCCUGCUUUUCUUGAGCAGUGUAGCUCAGUCUGCUUUCAGGUUAGCAUGGUUUCAUGUUUUCUGUUAUUCAGUUAAGUGGCAGAGUAUAAUUCAGUUACAAUUUGAAACCAAACAUGUGAAAAGAGGAAUGGAGUGUUUUUUACUUGUUUGGAAGUCAGGCCAUGGUCGUAAUGCCAACUUUGAGCCAUGUUGUACAUGUACAUCAUCAAUAAUGUGGUGGAAACUCUCCUUGAAUAAGAAUGGAAGAAUGGCGGCAACUGAGUCUUUCCCACGCUUGAAUUUCUGACCUGAGGUGGGAUUUGAUUUUUAAGGUUCCCUGCAAAUUCAAAUAGGCUUUGCCAAAGAAAAAUCAACAAACAGGCAAAAGAAAGGAGCUAUCCAUGAUAAACAAUUUUAAUAUGAUAAAAUUUUCACACUGUGGUAGGAAAACAUCAGUAGGAUUUAUUCAAAAAAAAUUUUGCAUGUAAAGGAUUCAAGCAGUGCAUGGCUUAGGGAGCCGGAUGACAAGCCUAAGAAUUGACCGCUUUACGUGUUACGUGAUCAAAAUUUCUUUGUCCCAGACCUUGUGGCUUCCCUCCCCUCCAGUUGGUCUCCCUUUUUUAGUUUCUGUUAACUUUGGAAAGCUCAUUUGUGUUUGUGGCCAUUAAAAGUUGUUCAUGUUGCUUGUUUGGUCUCUUUCAGGUAUAGGAACACUCUGAAGACAGCUGUUUAUUUGAAUAGGAAUUUUUAAGCUGUACACUGGUAUAUUAUUUUUCAUCAAGAAAGUAGUGAUGUGUUGUCAUGUUACACAAAUGUUUACAGUUUGAAACUGUGUGCACUUGUUAUUAGUUUUUUUUCAAGAGGUUCAGCUGCAGAUCAUAAGUAACUGAUAACCUUUCCCAUUUGUAGCCAAGGCAGAAUUUGCCUUUCCAGUAUUGAUACAAUGUCAAGCAGACCAGUGAAAUAAAUAAAUAACAAUAUCAAUUAGUGGCUUAUUAAUUUGUCCAGUACCAAAUUAUCUUAUCAAAAUUAUAAGAAUUGUAUUAAAGACAGUAAGGAGAACUACUAAUAAGAUAAUAAAUGAGUGGUUAUAGAAAAAAAGAGAGACUAUCUUAAGUUUAUAGAUUUGGUAGUGGACAGUCAUUAUAGUCUCACAAAGACGAAGUGUUCACCUAGCAUAGCAGUCUUGAAAAAAGUAAUUUGAAUAAAUUUUUAAGAAAAAAGUUGUUUUUAAGAAGGUUUCCAAGGGCUCCUAGCUUAACUCUUUUCAGAGUCACCAUUUGGAGACAUAAACUGUUAAAGAAGUGGUUGCUAGAAAUAAAUUUGUUGUCACC